AUGACCGCUGUGAAAGACUCUCAAUCUUUGAAUUCAAGUAUCAUCCGUAAGCGUCACGGUAUUAUCGCACAGAUGGAAACAUUGCUACAGUCAUGGCGUGAUAAUCAAGUAAGAGUGAAAAAUUGUCCUGUUGAUCAAAAUACAGUGUGCUUUCAAGCAAAGCAGAUUUUUGAAAAACUAAAAGAAGAAGCUGGGGAGGCGGCUGAAAAUGAAGUGUUUAAAGCUAGUAACGGCUGGUUCAGCCGAUUUAAGAGUCGUUGUAAUUGGCAUAGCAUCGCAGAGAGUGGAGAAGCGGCAAGCGCUGAUAAAGAAACUGCAUCUCUCUAUCCAGAAAAACUCAAAACAAUGAUAGAUGAAGGUGGCUACACUAGUCAAACUAUUUUCAACGUAGAUGAAACAGGUUUUAAAGCCGCCAAGGAUCGAUUAACAGUGAUGGUUGGUGCGAAUGCAGCUGGAGAUUGUAAAUUAAAACCUCUCUUAGUUUAUCGCUCAGAAAAUCCAAGAGCCUUAAAAAAUAAAUCUAAAGCUGGUUUGCCUGUCAUUUGGAAGUCUAAUGCAAAAGCUUGGGUGACAGCUUCUCUUUUUGAAGACUGGUUUGGCCAUCAUUUUAUUCCUGAAGUCGAACGUUACUGCCGAUUAAAAGAAAUCCCAUUUAAAGUGAUGCUACUAAUUGACAAUGCGCCAGGUCAUCCUCCCGCAACUCUAAUUAAUUUCGAUCCACGUGUGGAAGUUGUAUUUUUGCCACCAAACACUACCAGCUUGCUUCAACCAAUGGACCAGGGAGUCAUUAAAACAUUUAAAGCUUACUACACAAGGCGGUCAUUUGCACAUCUACAUGAAGCUAUGAGACAAAACAAUGAGCUUUCUGUUAAAGACUUUUGGAAGCAAUUCAAUGUUUUAGAUGCUGUAAGAAUUAUUGGACAAUCUUGGAAUGAGGUUUCACAAAAAACUCUCAAUGGUGUCUGGAAAAAACUGUGUCCAUUUUUUUUCACCUCUGAAACCCAAGGAGAAACCAUUUCAGAUCCUGAACAAAUCGAUAGCAUAAUAGAAGAAGUGGUCGAUAUCGCCAAGCAAUUAAAUUUAGAGGUCGAUAAUGAUGACGUUCAAGAAUUGCUAGAUUCACACAAUCAAGAGCUAACAAUUGACGAGGUUAUAGAAAUGCGUAAGUAUGAGCAAGAUAUUGACCAAACUGAUUCGCUAGACCCAGUUGAAUCGGUAAAUCAAAUGACAAUUGCAAACUUAACAGAAGGGCUCAAUUCAAUUGAAAAGGGGUUACAAAUUUUAGAAAAAAUUGAUUCUAAUGAAGAACGCAUUUCUACUACAAAACGAGGGAUAAAAAAAUUACUGGUAUGCUACGAGGAAAUUUUACGUGAAAAGAAGAAAAAUUUAACUCGUCAGGCAACACUGUUAGAAUAUAUGAAGCCUUCGACAUCAAAAUAA